AUGGUCACGCCGGCCAGCUCCAGCCCAAGUGUCCUCUCUAGAACCAGCCGAGAAACUGAAACUGCCCAAGCGGCCGGGUUCUUCGGCGAACACCCAGCGGCCAGCGCUCGCUCUACUCGUCAGGCUUCCACCGGCGCCACCGCCGGAAGCUUCGGGCGGUGGGUCGUCUUCUCGCCGGCGCGCUCGCGCCGCCCCACCGACCUCAAGUCGCACAACCCCACCGCCAACCCUAGCUCCGGCCCCGGCGCCGACACCCCCAAGCUGUCCUGCCCCUUCUGCGCCGGCCGCGAGUCCGAGUGCGCCCCCCAGAUCUUCCGCGUGCCGCCCGACGACGCGCUGCCGUGGCGGAUCCGCGUCAUCCAGAACCUCUAUCCCGCGCUGCGGCGCGACAUCGAGCCGCCGCCCGCGCCCGAGCCGGAGGUGGUUGACGGGGAGGCGGAGGCGGAGGAGCAGCCCGGGGAGCGCGCUGUGCGCGGGUUCGGGUUUCACGACGUGGUCAUCGAGACGCCGCGCCACGACGUCCGGCUGUGGGACCUGGGCGCAGAGGGGGUCCGCGACGUGCUGCUCGCCUACGCGGCGCGCGUGCGGCAGCUCCGGGAGCACCCCGCGGUGAAGUAUGUUCAGGUGUUUAAGAACCAUGGGGCAUCUGCUGGAGCGUCAAUGGCACAUUCACACAGCCAGAUGCUGGGAACUCCCUUUGUCCCUCCCUCUGUUACAUCUCGGCUUAACUGCAUGAAGGGGGUUUUUGAUAGAUCAGGGAACUGCAGCCUUUGCGAGAUUAGGUCCAAAGAUAUCCUGAUCAGCGAGACACCCUAUUUUUCUGCGAUUGUUCCUUUUGGUGCAUCAUAUCCAUUUGAGAUAUGGAUUAUUCCCCGGCAACAUCUUUCUUAUUUUCAUGAAAUUGAUGAGGCUAAGGCACUGGAUCUUGGAUCUCUGUUGAAGACAAUGCUACAAAAGCUGUCUAAGCAGCUCAAUGACCCACCAUUCAAUUUUAUGAUCCACAGCACACCAUUUGGGCUCUCAUCAUCCUGCCUGCCUUAUGCGCACUGGUUCCUUCAGAUCGUGCCCCAGUUAAGUGUAAUAGGCGGGUUUGAGCUUGGAAGUGGGUGCUACAUCAAUCCAGUUUUUCCUGAGGAUGCUGCCAAGAUUUUGAGGGAACUUGACUGUUCAACCUAGCUGGCGGUUUUUUCUCGCAGGAGAGCUGCUGCGUAUCAUUGCAUUAAGAAAGAAGAUCCUAGCUGGCGGUUGGUAUCUGAUUGUUCACUAAAUAUGAAAGAAAGCUAUGUUCCACAAUACUUUCCCUGAAA